CUAGGAAACAGAGAACCGGGAGGAUCCAUCGACCAUCUCUCGACAUCUCAUGGACAUGGAGCCUCCGCCACCACCUCACCGCCACCUCCACCAGACACCGCCGGCGGCGCCGCCGCAGGGCCUCAGCGAGGCGGAGCUGUCGGCGCUAGAGCCGCUGAUCCGCGCGCACCACACGUUCCCGCGCGCGGCAGGCACGUGCACCUCCCUGAUCACGCAGCGCAUCGAGGCGCCGCUGCGCGCCGUGUGGCCGGUGGUCCGCUGCUUCGCCCGCCCGCAGCGCUACAAGCACUUCGUCAAGAGCUGCCGCCUGGUUUCCGGCGACGGCGACUCCAUCGGCAGCGUCCGCGAGGUCACCGUCGUCUCGGGCCUCCCGGCCUCCACCAGCGUCGAGCGCCUCGAGAUCCUCGACGACGACCGCCACAUCCUCAGCUUCCGCGUCAUCGGCGGCGAGCACCGGCUCAAUAACUACUGCUCCGUCACCUCCGUCACCGAGUUCUUCGAUCCCGACGACCACGCCAAGGCCUACUCCGUCGUCCUCGAGUCCUACGUUGUCGACAUCCCCGACGGAAACUCCGACGAGGACACCAAGAUGUUCACCGACACCGUCGUCAAGCUCAACCUCCAAAAGCUCGCCGCCGUCGCCAUGGCAGCGCCCCCCUUAAGUAUAUAGACAAUUUCAUUCUGCCCCCUGCUGUGAUUAUUUUUUUUUAGAAUACUCCCUGUACCACUUGCAUUAUUUAUAUAUGUCGAUCUAAUUAAUGUUGCACUAGAUUUUCCAAACUCGCGGGUGAUGAAUCAAUAUAUUUUCUUCUU